AUGGCGACCUACACCAUCACGUGGAGGAACAAGGUGUGGAUGGGAUGGUUCUUCAUGCAGCUGCCCAUCAUCCUCUUCAUGGACCUGCUCGACUACAUGUGGCCCGCCUGGCUCUACGAGCCCGUCGGCUCCCCGCUACACGCAGCCUUCCAGAUGAAGGCGUGGUACAUCGGCAAGUACAACGACCCCAUCGUGCAGUGGACGGCGGAGACGGCGUCGGGUCAUGACAGCUGGAUGGGUCUGUUCAUGCACCUCGAGUUCUUCUUCCUGCUGCCGACGGUGCUGUACGGCAUCUACCGCCUGGCCGUGCAGCGGCGCGGCACCUCGGGUUGCGAUGAGCUUCUGUUCUUCGUGUUCGCGCUCGAGGUCGCCUUCACCACCCUCAUCUGCAUCUACGACACGUCCUUCCUCGACGAGGCCAUCUACCCGGCCGCCAUCAAGCGUGAGAUGCAGUUCCAGCUCUAUGCGCCGUGGUGCAUUAUCCCCGCCCUCGGUGCUAUUGACAUGGCGGCCCGGAUCAUGGGCCGCAUCAAGGCCGCCGAUGCUGCCCAAGGAGCCAAGAAGUCGCAGUAA